AUGUCCACGAAGAUUUGCGCGCUCAACACAUUCUUACUCGUGUUGACGCCCAGGUUGGUAGGAGAAAGCCUGCCAUUUGCUCAUGGGGGAGAAUCUGCUAAUGAUUCCAAGCAAUUAGUUCCUGCACUCUUGGAGGCUGCAUCUGCAGUACUUGACAGAGAAAUCUCUGCUGUCAAACGCAAGGAACUAGCCAGUUUGGAAUUUCAUUAUGCUCGGAUCAAGAUGGCAAAGAAGUCUGAGCCUUCAAACACUCUGGAGGGAGAAACAGAGGGUAUAUCUGACUAUGAAUCCCCACCAGAAUAUGAUUUCUGA